AUGAUUAGGUUCAAAGGUAGGAAUAGCAUAAAGCAGUAUCUGCCAAUGAAACCUAUCAAGCGGGGCUAUAAGGUUUGGGUUAGAGCUGACAAAUAUGGAUAUGUCUGUGAAUUCCAGAUUUAUACCAGAAAAGCGAACGAUAAGUCGGAAAAGUUCCUUGGUGAAAGAAAAAAAGAAAAAGAAAUGUCAGUUGGUGAUAGUGAAUUCCGCUCCUCAUAUAACGGAGUCAGUUGGCUGAAAUGGAUAGAUAAGAAACCUGUCCAUUUCUUAUCUAAUUUCCAUGAUGCUUCUAAAAUUUCUCAAGCCAACAGGAGGCAAAAAGAUGGAUCUUUGAAAGAAGUAACUUGUCCACAAAUAUGCGUAGACUAUAAUGCUUUUAUGGGUUGCGUUGAUAAAGCUGAUAUGCUCAAGUCGUAUUAUGAAAUCAACAGGAAAAGUAAAAAGUGGUGGCAACGUAUUUUCUGGCACUUUGUGGAUGUUACAUUGGUGAACUCUUUUAUCUGGAGACACUGGUAG